AAUCUGAGGGAAUAUGUAAGGGCGUUCUUUCCAAGUGAAAUUUCUAACAUACACCAAGUGUUCUGCUGUGGAUAUACCAUUUUCAUUAUUUUGACAAGUUUGAAUACUAUGGAUGCCAACAGUACUAGUUCUGAGAACUCAUGGCCGAUUAAUUUUUGGAAUCAAAUAAUAAUAGCAUUUUCCGUUUCUAUGGUCAUUGGACUUGUCAUUGGAGGCGUAAUCUGGGCUUUGCUGACUUGCCUGUCUAGUCGCAGAGCUAGUGCACAUAUUUCCCAAUGGAGCACCUCAUCCUCUAGCCGGCGUUCCAGAGCUUCUCAUGGAUGCGCUGCCAACAGGCCAGGAUUUUAUCGUAACAGCAGCUGUGAACGCCGCAGUAACCUCAGCUUGGCCAGCCUUACCUUCCAAAGGCAAGCUUCCUUAGAGCAGGCCAACUCCUUCCCAAGGAAAUCAAGUUUCCGGGCAUCCACAUUUCAUCCCUUUUUGCAGUGUCCCCCACUUCCUGUAGAAACUGAAAGUCAGCUGAUUACACUGGUACCAACCAGCACCACCACAACUCUUACUGGGAGCACCACCAAUAGCUUAUCUCGUCCAGAAUUCCACUGGUCUAAUAAUAGUCUCCGUGUCUGCAACUCAACACAAACACCACCUCCUGCCUAUGACUCUAUUAUCAAGGCUUUUCCCGACUCUUGACUUCGAUUCUUGGUAGUGUGUAUGUAGAAAGAAUUUCAGUUCUGUGACAUGCUGUGGGCUCUGAAGAUACUUGUGAAGUCUGCCAUAGCAGAAAGGACUUAUAGUGCUGUGAUACAGAUUUGAUAGAGUGAAACUUUGAUGUCUUUCAACUGCAACAGCCUUUCUUGUGCCAUUCACAUUCGUCUGCAGUAUCACCAUGAAUUUAUAUUUGCAUUGUAACCAUUGCCUUUAGUUUAGACACAAACUUUAUUCAGUCUAACAAACUGAUACGUUACUGAAGCCACAAAGCUAAAAAUAGAUAUCCGUGUAGAUAUCCUUCAGUUAACUAUACACACAAUUAUGUCAUUAUUAUUUAGGUUUUUUUUCUUUUUGAAGCAUUUUCCCCUGGGAGUCUUGAUUUAUAAACAUUUUUCACCUAUUGCUUGUUCAUCAGUUGGUAAUACUGUGAUAUGAUUGCAAGAUCUACAGGAAUUCUUCAGCAGAUGUUAAGGUUUAGAAUGGUUUAGUAUUUGUGUUUUCUAUCAGCUAAGGUCUUUAUGUUUUAAGGUUUUGAAAUGACAAAAAGCCUGGAGGUCUUAUUCACAGAUCUUCCAUGCCACAUGUAUUUUGGCUCUCACAUCCAGUACUAUGAGAAAUGGUACAGCAUUUUUGUUACCCCCUUUGUGCAUGAGAAGCUGUAUUCGACAGUUUUCCUUCCCUGUAAUAAUCCUCAUUGCAUGUAUGUCAGGGGCAAGUUGGUAGUGUGGGCAGCUGUGCCUGAAUAAGGUCUGUGCAUCUUUGACCAUGGAACUUUUUGCUCAGUCACUGGAGCUGGAGGUGGGGCCAGAGCAUAAACUCAAGAAAAUGAGUUAUUUCCAGAGCUUGGAAGAUUACUUUUAAAAAGUAAUAAAUUACAGUUACAGUUACAUGGCCCCAAAAAGUAGUAAUUACCGUUACAGUUACAAUUGCUCUGAAAGUAACUGAUUACUUUACUUUUACUCAAAAGUAAUUGCUACAAUUACAUUUUAGUUACUUUAAAAAAAUGCCUACAAGGUGCUGGCCUUGGCUGCUGCACAUCUAAAUAGCCUAAAACAACAUUAAAAAUAAGCACACACACAGAGGGUAGUAGAAUAAUUUUUUUUAUCCAUAAGAUUAACAGAAUGGCAUAACAGAAUCUCACAUCCCUUCACCCCACCACCAGCAAUGAUGAUACUCCAACACACAUAUUUUUUGUAUAUAUAUAUUGCCUCCAGCUCUUUUCUCCUUCCACUCCUGUCAAUUUUUAAACAAUUGUUUUCUCCAUGCCGUCUCACUCUCCACCUCCUCCCUCGUUGCCUCAUACCCACCCAGAGAGCAUGAGGGAAGAGCGACGCUGCACAGAAGCCCAGUUUGAGGCACAUGAUUUUCAUCCACAAAUCAGAGGAGCAGAAGACUUCCCCUGCUCCCCCCCAAGUAAUGCACAAAAGUAAUGCUGGAAACAUUACAAUUACUCCUCAAAAGUAAUGAAGUUACUACUCAUUCUAUUACAAGCAAAAGGUAAUGAAGUUACCCACUCAUUACUCAAAAAAGUAAUAAAUUACAAGUAAUUCGUUACUUGUAACUAGUUACUUCCAAGCUCUGGUUAUUUCAACAGUAGCAAUAACUCCCUGCAUAAGGCAAAUCCAAGACAUUUUGAUGCCUUGCUCUGGUGUCCUAGCAUGCAUUAAUUGACACUUUCAGCAUACCCAGUUAUAAAAGUAUGCUGGUUUUUACUGAAAACAAUCCCAUCUGUUCUCAGUAUUUGGCAACCAGAUCUCAUGUAUGACUUUUAUUUUUAAAAAAAUAUUCUGGCAACUGGCCCAGAGUUUAAAACCUCCAGGCAGGUCAUUUUUUUUUCCUGAUAGAUGUUCAUAGUCCUCUGCUCAGUCAUUUAAGAAAUUAUGCAAGACACCCAUCCUACGUGGAAAUAAAUCUAAUUAAGUUUGAUGGGGCUUACAUUGUAUGGGCACAGGAUUAGAUAAUUAAUGGAGGCAGCAUCCCAAAAUUCAAUAAUUUCUCAGAAUAUAUGCAGAAGAUUAUAGCAUUUGUCUUCCUUCUCAGGAGGUUCUUCUUACCCAGUCUUCCAUAUCUUCUGGGACAUUUACCAUCAUUUGGUGACUUCCUGUUUUGGCAAAAAUUACACCCUAGCAAUCCUAUCCUUGCAUUUUCUGCUGUUACCAAGUAUUUAAAGUCCCUGUGUACACUGUGUAAUUGCAAAACAGAAGAUAAAUUAUUUGCAUAUUCCAGAGAAGCAGCAAAGGGGAAUGUGUGAGCUGAACUCCCUGUAUCUACAUGGAAGAUGGGGAACAUGUGGUCUUCCAGACAUUGUUAGACACCAACUCUCAUCAGCCCUAUCCAGUGUGGACAAUGGUCAGGGAAGAUGAGAGUUUAGUCUAGAAAGCCACAGGUCUCACUUCCCUACCUUACACUUAUGGGACAUGUAAGAUAGGAUAGAUGCAUAUAUGUUGAUUCUCCUGAUGAGGAUCCCAGUCAUAUUCCCAGCAAAGAUAUGUUCAUGUUCCUAUCCUCACAUGAGACCAGAAAGCAUGAGGAGAAGUAUAUGGAAGUAAUGCUUCCUCUUUAAUUGUAAAAAGUGCUGGUGUUUUGAUUAGGAUGUUGCUAUCAAUUCACAUAAUGUUAGAUUCUG